AUGAAUAGCAAAACCUCUUGUUCAAAGUGUAAUCAUUCGUCUCUCUGCUUUUCGUCCUCCACGAAUGCAGUGGUGGCAGGCUUCAAAAGACCAACCCAAAAACAACGCGUCGCCGCCACGAAAUCACAAAACUUAGCCUCAAAUAACCCAAAUGACAAUUUCCUCAAAGAAAAUGAUCGAGCAUUCCCUGCUCCUUUGGUCCUUCCGGGGGAUGAUCUAUCCGAGGACCCAGAGUACCCUACGCAGAGCUUCCAAGAAUGGCUUGAAGAAGAAGACCGCAAUCCCGUAACUCCAAAACAGAAGAAACUUUAUAUUUGUUCAAUUCCAGAUGCUUUUGAUGGUGUUGAAUUCUUGAAAGACUGGAAGCCAGCGACCAAUAUCCUGGCUAACAAAGAACAGUAUCACCCCCCAAUCACAAUCCACAUUGAGAACUACCUGAAGGCUUUCUAUCAUGGUUUGCCUACCAGUAUGAUACCAACAUACAAUAUGCGUUAUACAACAUGGAGUAAGACCAAAAAGACAUCCGGGAAACAGAAAAUCCCCAAAUACGUUGGUCUGGAUAUUGGCGGUGAAGUUGUGCGAAUUCGUAUUCGCGAACGACCAGAAGGAGACUACGCCGGUCAGCUCAAUUUGAACGACCUCCUCGAUGCUGCUAUUGCCAUUUUACCCAAAAAUUCAUACGCCUUGCUUCUCGUAGUCGACUUCGAUCUCUACGAAGACGACGAAGACAGCUUCGUCUGUGGUCGUGCAUACGGAGGGAGUCGAGUUGCGGUGGUAUCAACUGCAAGAUACAACCCGCUCCUAGAUCACAAGUACGAUCAUAGAGUUGAGCGGAUGCAUCCCUGGCCAGCAUCGCAUUGUGAGAACUACGUGAACACCUACACCAAGGAAGAAUCAGACAAGCAGCCACCAUCGAAAAAGGCUCGGACAAUUGGGGAAAGAUCUCGGAUGUCGGCUACAGCACAAUAUGGUCCGAUAAGAGAAGCCAUAUCUGCCUAUUGUACUCUGCGGCAAGCGAAGCCGUUCGAAGAGCUCCAUGCUAAGCCGAUCAAUGAUCUCUGGCUUGGCCGGGUAUGCCGCACAGCAAGCCAUGAGUUGGGUCACUGCUUUGGUAUUGACCAUUGUGUGUACUAUGCGUGUAUGAUGCAAGGCACCGCGUCUAUCGCUGAGGAUGCUAGGCAGCCGCCUUACCUCUGUCCUAUUGAUUUGGCUAAGGUUCUUCAUGCCACUGGUGCAUCUGCGGCUGAGCGGUAUAAAGCCUUGCUCAAAUUUUGUGAGCAGCCGGCACACAAGGAUUCCUUUUCGUUCAAGCCAUUUGCUGCUUGGAUUAGGAGUAGGAUGGCUGAAGUUGAGGAGGUUUCUGCGCCGGAACGCUCAACUUCAUGA